AUGACCAAAUCGUGGGCGUUAUCUGACAAAUUGAUUAUUAGGGUUCUUAGCCCUAAUCGAUAUGAUUUCCAAUUCUUUAAUUGGAGAGACAAGGAGAAAGUUUUGACUGGAAGACCUUGGUGUUUCGAUAACAUAUUGCUUGUGCUUAAGGAAAUCGAAGGUAAUGAGCAACCUGAACAAAUUUCUCUGUUUCAUUCACCUUUUUGGGUCCGCAUCAAACACCUUCCCUUCAAUUGUCGUACUGAUGAGGAUGUGAAGGAGAUUGUGAUGAAUUUAGUGGAUUUAAUGGAAAUUGAGGAGGAUGCCUUAGGGUUGGAUCGCUUUCGUAGGGUCCGAGUGAUGAUUAAUAUCACAAAACCUCUAAGAAGAUUUCAGCGAAUUCGAGACAAACAGGGGAAGGAGAUUAUUGUCGAAUUUGCGUAUGAGCGUCUUCCGUUCUUUUUCAAUGUGUGCGGAGUAAUUGGUCACUCAGAAAGGGAUUGUGUUAUGAUUUUCGAGGAAAGCAAAAAAUUGAAGUUGGGGUGGGGAAGGUGGCAUCGUGCCUCUCCGAGAAAGGGUAGAAUGAAGGACUUGGAGGAGUUAGAAGCUGUCUUGGGUGCCCGGAAAAAACUGUUUAUCACACGUGAUGAUGAUGGGUUGAAAGGAAGUGGUGAAGUGGUGGCAAAGAAGGGUGAUCUUGAUACAAAUUUGAAGGAGUUGAGCUCUAGUGAGGAGAGUGAAGAGUUGCUAUCAGCAGGGGAGGUGAGGGAGCAGGCACAGAUAGGAGUUAGGCAGGGUGUCGAGGGGGGGAUGCUUCUCGAAGGUGUGAGUACUUGUGAGGGGAAUGCUGAGGGGAGUAGUAUAGGGGGUGAGGGGAAGAGUACUAUAAUUUUUGUUGCUGGGGAAGGUGGAAAGGCGACAAAGUUAUCAGGAAAGAAGUGGAAAAAAGGGUUGAAAGAAAAGGGGGGAGGUGGGGGUAAUAGUAUGGAUAUAGAUAGAGAUAAAAAUCUGGGAAAAAGACAUAGAGAAGUUGAUGAUGAAUUGGUGAAUUCGGAGACAGUGGCUAAGAAGGUGAUGACUGAGGUCACUUCAAUUGGAUGGCGAAGGGCGGAGACUGUCGAUGAGCAUUCCUGCCAAGCUCAAUGA